AUGGCGUCGAGCGUGCCCGCCGUCCAGUUCAGCGCCGAGCGCCGCGCGCAGCUCGACCGCCAGUGCGACGACCUCAUCGACCGCGCGCUGGCGUCGCACCACAACUUCCACGCGUCGCGCGGCCUCGGCGCGUGGCAGCGCGUGCGGCGCCGCAACGCCAUGAACGUCUACCGGCCGCGGACGGACGCCUCGGACGGCCCGCGCGUGCUGCUGGGCAGCGGCAUCGUGCCCGGCACGCUGGACGACGCGCUCAACGGCGUGUACUGCGACUCGACCGAGAGCCUGCGCAUCUGCAAGAGCCUGCUGAGCGACAACUUCGUGGACGGUGCCGUGCUGCGCGUGUUCGAGGCGCGCGACCUGCGCGCGCCCAUCGUGUUCGCAGGCAUCAAGUGGUUCGUCAUGCGCGGCUUCGCGGGCACGAGCGGCCUGCUGGGCGACAAGGACUUCCUCACUUACGAGCGCAUGGGCCGCAUCGUGGACCGCGACGGCCAGUACUUCGCCUACCACGUGCUGCAGUCCAUCGACCUGCCGGAGCGGCCGGCCAACCGCGAGCGCGGCGUGCAGCGCGUGGACGUUUCGUGGUGUUAUCUGUACCGCCAGCUGAGUCCCGACUGGCUGGGCGUGUUCACGCUGGGGGAUAUGAACCUGUCCACGAUCAUCCCGCAGAGUAUCUCGAGCUUCAUUGCAGCCGAGAGGGUGCUGAGUGCCGGCAACUUCUUGCGCUGCGCCAGGGCCAAGCAUUUCUCCGCGUUGAUGGCGGCUAGUAGCGACAGGAUAUCCGAGCUGGGCGGAGCGCCGCACUGCACCGUGUGUCUGUCGCCGCCGCCGAAAAUGCUCGGGUUCGCACACAAGCAGUGCAUGGGGUGUCGGCAAAAGGUGUGUCGGAAGUGUCGGCAGCGCCGCUACGUCUUCCGGCUGCAGUUGCGGUCGGCCAAGCCUGCGACGGAGUAUUUCUGCCGGUUGUGCGUGGACAAGGUGACGCGGCCCGGAGGGGCCAAGAGCAGCGCAGGGCUGGAGGAGGUGCACGACGUGCUGUGCCGCUCCGGCCUGGGGUCGUCCCGUUCAGGCGAGACCGACAGUGGCCGGCAUGGUAAGCACAAGUCGGAGUGGUCGGGGGCCAACAAGUCGGGCUUCGACCGGUCCAUGCGGCUGGACAAGCUGGCCGAGUUCACGCGGCGGUGCCACGACAGCAUCGCCAUGGAGGAGGAGGGCAUCACGUGGAACGAGGAGGAGCUGCUGGAGAUCGCGCAGCUCCUCGAGAGCUUGUGCAGCAAGUCCCGGCGUCGCGAGCGGCGGCAUCGCAGCGGCUCGGCCCAGCAGACCCCGUCCAGCCAGGCGUCGUCGCGGCGGAGGCACUACAGCGGGGACAACUCGAGCAGCUCGGCCACGUCCAACGGGCUGCAUCAGUCGCCGCUGGAGGAAGCGCACGGCGAACGUUACGACUACUCGGGGAGCCCCACGGCCGAGCAUUUGUACGCGGAGGAGCCCGGGUACUUUUGUGAGCAGGCGGCCGUGCAGUCCGGUCCGUGGACCGAGUGCAGCGGCGAGUGGACGGUGGUGUUCGACGAGGACCGGCAGGAGUACGCGCGGAUCCGCGUGCCCGGGCCGCCGAAGACCGUGUGCAUCGAUGAGCUUGACUGA